AUGACAGGACGUGACGACCUGGUUGGGGUACUCGGGGAUUUCGAAUUUGUUGUCGUUGCAGUUCCCGAAAAAUUUAAGGAUCCAACAAAAACAGUUGCAAUCUUGACAACUGAGCUGGCAUCUUGUGAUUUUGAAAAACUCGAAGUGGUUUCAUUAGAAUUCGAAAAAAAUUCAUUUGACGUCGUAGUGGUAGUAGGCACAUUAGCAUUUGAAAAUAACUCAAUAAGACUCAGUGUCGCAAUGGGAGUAGGCACAUUAGCAUUUGAAAUUAAUUCAGUAAGACUCGAUGUCGUAAUAGGAGUAGGCACAUUAGUAUUUGACGAUAGUCCAGUAGGGCUUGAUGUCGUAGGGGCAGUAGACAAUAACUCAAUAGAACUUGAUGAUGAUGUCACGAAUUGGAAUUCGUUGAAAGUCAGUACAACCAUUACAUGCGAUAUUGUGCAAAGGGGUCCCAGUGUUCUUGAUGGUAACACAGCAGAGUUCUUGGAAAUUGAGGGCUUAAACGGUGAUCGUCAAGAAUUCGCGAAAAUUCACGCGUUAUCAACUGUCACGAACACCAUGGGAGUUAAAAACUUGGCACCGUUAUUGAAACGAUAUGCUCCCGACUCAUUGGCACAAAGGAACAUUGAUCAUUAUAGAAAUAAAAGAUUAGCAAUAGAUGGAAGCUUGUUUCUUAGAAAAUUCGUUUAUGGCUUACGCGUCACUGAUAAAAAUGGCCUGGAACACCCGUAUCCUCAUAUUCUUGGCUUUUAUUGUAUGACCUUGUUUCUAAAUGAAAAUAACAUUAUACCUAUAUACGUGUUUGACGGAAAAACGAGACUAAAAGAAAAAAGAAAGGAGAUUGCUAGAAGAAAAGAAUUGAUGAAUAAGGUUAUCGCUGGGUGGAACUUUGAGAAGACUAGAAAUCAAAGGUCAGAAAAAUGGAAGGACAUAGCUGAUAAGAUGAAAAAAUUGGAUGAUGUAAAGUCCGAAUAUAUUAAAGCGGGCCUAAAAGAAGUAGUUCAUGAAGCACUGUCACAACCACCAUCACAAUUGGCAGAGACGCGACCAAUCGAAUCAGAAUCAUAUAAGAAAAUUCACGUGGAGGGAAGUGCUAUCCAAGAUGCAGAUAUGAAAAAAACAGAUUAUGCGAAAUUAUUCUCAGUUGUUUCCUUGGAUCCAUUUGAUCAUGAAAUUAUACAGAAAAUCACACACUUUGAUCAUGUAAAAAAGAAGCACCCUAGCUUUAGACCUUCACAAUCCGAAGAGAACCUAAUAUUGAUUGCAAGUGAGAUUAUUUACAGUGAAUGGUCACAAGAAGAAAGGGCAAAAGAAUGGAAGUUCAUUUUGGAUGUGGCGAAGAAUUUAAAUACUCACGAAUCAGGAUACGUUCUAAGUAGCAUUAGAGAUCUUGGCUUGCUAACAAAUUUUCUUCCACUUAUAAGAGCUGUGUUUACAAUCGAGUCACUGCCACCAUCCAUUGAAAAAACUCCUGUUGAAACCGAUCUAUUGCCCUCCUUCGGAGAAACCGUUGAAACCGAUCUAUUGCCCUCCUUCGGAGAAACCGUUGAAACCGAUCUACUGCCCUCCUUCGGAGAAACCGUGUCAACAGAAAAGACAACAGCGUCAAUCGAAAUAGAGAAAGUUAUCAGGGAAGAAAUAGUUACGUCACCACCUGUAACGAUAGACGAACCGAUCAUGAAAACGAUCUCAAAAUUGGAUAGCGAUCAAACAUUUAGAGAACAACAUCCAGACUUCAUACCUACUGAGGAUGACAUCAAGCUAAAAAGAAAAGUGAAAGAGGUGGUGAAAUCAACAUUUACAGAUGCGGCAUCAUUGGUCACUGAUAAAACGUAUACAAGAUCUCACCGUGAGGUAGCAAAGGCAGAAUAUCAACUUCUUGAUUCCUUACUCACUGGUCAAACGCCAACUGAAUUGGUAUCAAACUUCGAAUUUAAGAGCUAUGAGUUGAGCAAGAAAUUAGAAAGGCGUGCCGUUAUGGUUACUUGGCAAAUGUAUGAUGAAUGCCAAUAUUUCCUGAAAUCGUGGGGGAAGUCAUGUAUAUCUCCGCAAGGUCAUGAGGCGGAGGCCUUUUGUAUGUCUUUGACGGAGAAGGGUUAUACUGAUGCAGUCGUUUCGGACGACAUGGACACUACAAUUUAUGGAAAUGGACCAGUUUUAAGAAAUUUCCUUGCUAGAAACAGAACCUUUCAAGAAAUCAUGCCUGAUAAAGCACGAGAACUACUUUCGCUCACAGUCGAUCAAUACAUAGACCUUUGUAUACUAUGUGGAACGGAUUUCGCCGGUACUAUUCGUUAUAUCGGGCCUAUUACGGCUUUGAAAAUGAUUCGAGAACAUGAAAAAAUCGAAAAUAUUUUAGGAAACCUCAAGCCGAACCACAUAUAUACACCAAAUUUCAUGGAUGAAGUUCAGGCUGCAAGAAAGCUUUUCAAGGAUCUGCCAUCAAUUUGUGAUAGUUACAUAAGGGACUUGGAGAGGAAGGAAAAUAGUGACAGUCUUAAACCAUUAUUAGAAAGGUAUCAUAUUGAUCCUAAUGAUGAGCGAUUUGAUUAUGAUGUAGUGUUGUUUAGUAAUAAUAAAGAUGGCUAA